AUGGCCUUCGCUGGCCAAGCACCCACGAUCAUCGUGCUCAAGGAGGGCACCGAUACCUCCCAGGGCAAGGGUCAGAUCAUCUCCAACAUCAAUGCCUGUGUUGCCGUGCAAUCCACGAUCAAGAGCACUCUCGGUCCUUAUGGAGGGGACCUGUUGAUGGUGGACGGCAACGGUAGACAGACCAUCACCAACGAUGGAGCUACUGUGAUGAAGCUUCUCGAUAUCGUUCACCCCGCCGCCCGCAUUCUCACGGACAUUGCCCGCUCUCAAGAUGCUGAGGUCGGCGACGGAACAACGUCGGUUGUCGUCCUCGCCGGUGAAAUCCUGAAGGAAGUUCGCGAACUCGUUGAGCAGGGUGUCAGUUCACAGACCAUCGUCAAGGGUCUACGGAGGGGAAGUGCGAUGGCCGUCAACAAGAUUAAGGAGAUCGCUGUGGACGUGAUCGAGUCUGCGGGAAGUGAGGAAAAGAAGGUUGAGACGCUCCGCCGUCUGGCCGGAACGGCGAUGAACAGCAAGCUGAUCAAGCGGAACUCGGAAUUCUUCACCAAGAUGGUGGUGGAUGCCGUGCUGUCGCUCGACCAGGACGACCUUAACGAGAAGCUGAUCGGUGUGAAGCGGGUUACUGGUGGUGGUCUUCAGGAAUCCCUGUUCGUCAACGGUGUCGCCUUCAAGAAGACCUUCUCGUACGCCGGUUUCGAGCAACAGCCCAAGUACUUCAAGGACCCCAAGAUUGUCUGCCUGAACGUCGAGCUGGAGUUGAAGAGUGAGAAGGACAACGCCGAGGUGCGCGUCGAGCAUGUGUCGGAGUACCAGGCCAUCGUCGAUGCCGAGUGGCAGAUCAUCUACAACAAGCUGGAGGCUAUCUACAAGACCGGAGCCAAGGUUGUUCUCAGCAAGCUCCCCAUCGGUGAUUUGGCUACGCAAUACUUUGCGGACCGGGAUAUCUUCUGCGCUGGUCGCGUUGCGGCCGAUGAUAUGGAUCGGGUCUGCCAGGCGACCGGAGCGGCUACCCAGUCGACCUGCAGCGACAUCCAGGAACGCCACCUGGGUACCUGCGGUAUUUUCGAGGAGCGCCAGAUCGGUGGUGAGCGUUACAACCUCUUCUCCGAGUGCCCCAAGGCCAAGACCUGCACCCUUGUGCUGCGUGGUGGAGCGGAGCAGUUCAUCGCCGAGGUCGAGCGCAGUCUGCACGAUGCCAUCAUGAUUGUCAAGCGUGCUCUCCGCCACACGACCAUUGUCGCGGGUGGUGGUGCUACCGAGAUGGAACUGUCCAGCUUCAUGCACGGCUUUGCGGACCGCAACGUGCCCCACAAGCAGCAGGCGGUCGUCAAGGCGUUCGCCAAGGCCCUGGAGGUGAUCCCCCGCCAGCUGUGCGAUAACGCAGGUUUCGAUGCGACGGAUAUUCUGAACCGGCUGCGGGUGGAGCACCGCAAGGGCAACGUCUGGGCUGGUGUCGACUUUGAUCACGAGGGUGUUCGGGACAACAUGGCGGCUUUCGUGUGGGAGCCCAGUCUGGUCAAGGUGAACGCCAUUCAGGCGGCAGUGGAGGCUGCAUGCUUGAUCUUGAGUGUGGACGAGACGAUCAAGAACGAAGAGUCGGCCCAAGCUCAGGCCCCAACACGAGGCCUGCCGCCGGGUGCUGCCCAGCGGGCGCUUGGAGGAGGCCGCGGACGUGGCAUGCCCCGACGUGGACGGUAA